AUGAAAUUUUUUGGCUCAUGUAACUUUAAAAAGUCCAAGGGUCAAGCUAUCUGGUUCAAGUCAAGAGAGUGGUUUCAGUCACCUGCACCACUUUGUUGCCCAGGACCUCCAGGGAGGGAGCCUGACUCCACUUUGGAGAACUCCAUCAACUCAACUGUCGCUGUUAUCACUUCUGAUGGGAGAAUGAUUGUGGGAACACUGAAAGAUUUUGACCAGACCAUUAAUUCGACUCUGGAUGAAAGCCAGGAAGGAGUGUUCAGCUCUUCACAGGGAGUAGAACAAGCAGUACUAGGGCUUGACAUUGUAAGAGGUGACAAUGUUGCAGUCAUUGGAGAAAUCGAUGAAGAGACAGAUUCUGCACUUGACUUGGGGAACAUUCCAGCAGAACCUCUAACCUAUGUAGCACACACAGGGAAAACUACCUGCAUUGCACAGAAUCUGAAUCUGUACAGAAACCAAUUUUUCUGAAGAAGA